AUGUCGGCGGACAAGGUGCCUGCGAUGUCCACACCUGAGCUUACAACACCCGCAGCUGCUGGCAGCUCCAAACACGAGGAGGAUGGAAAAGGGGAAGCAGAGACACUUGCGUCGGAAGAGGUUAUUGAACUUCAGGCGUUCAUUGAGCGACGAGAAUGGAUCGAAGACAAGAUUCGGUUGUUGGAGAAGAUGCCACCAAUCGAGGUGUUUGCGGGAAUACAAGAGCUACUCGCAUCGUCGACUGCCCCCAUCACUAGUCUGCCCACACGUGAAGAGCUCGCGAAAUGGGUGGCAGAACACGACAGGAUCGAGCACGAGGCCGAGCAGUUUGAUGCCGGAGACAUGAGUAGACUCAAAAAGUUCACAAAAGCCGCGACCCAGCGUAAUCUAUCCAGGGAGGAUACUGAUUUGAUUGAGGUCACUCUCACCACACUCCUCGCUCUCGACCGCCUGUUGCAUCUGCUGCGUGGCAGAGCAGAGAAUCUGGAGCUUAUGUCUAUACGGCUUACGUGGGAGGAGCAGCGCCUGUUGGCGUGGAAUGAACAUCAGUCAAUACUUGCUGAUCUACGCGCCUUUAUAACAAAUAAGGCUCGAUGGUCUACAGCAUCUCUCGAACAAACACCUCAACCCUCGGCCUCAGCCUCCGCCAUUGACCGCCGACUAUCAUCGGCAUCUAAUGCAUCUGGUCCACCCGGAGAUCUCACCACGCGAAGCUCACUUUCUCGCGGUAGCCGGUACAUGCUCGGCGAAACACUCUCGCUCGAUGCCGCCCAACUUUCGACUCGCUUACUUGGGGUGAACAAAUCUGUCGUUGCCAGCGGUAAAACUUUGGACAAGCUUAUUGACUCGAGUCAUCGCAAGCCCGUGCCAGAUGAGAUAUUGGAUGAGCAGGACAAGAUUGAAAACGAGAGCGGAUCUAUGCAAGAAGCUGGCAAGUUUGCGAUGGCCAUGGUCAUGCAGUGGAAAAAAUCCGACGAGAUUUACGGCGAGCUAAAAAAGGACCAGUCUGCGGCGGCAACGCUCAAGGAGGAAAUAGAGAACGCCAAGCUGCAACACCCUAGCCAAAAGCUGAACGAGUCAUUCAGUGCAAGGUCCUCUGCGCUGACUUCUCGACUGGCUCUUGUCGGCGACCCUGCGACUUCGCGCUCCUUCCCUCGACCGACCCACCCGCUCUUCCCCGACCAGAAUGCAUCCAACAUGGCCCUUACCAAGCUCCUCUCGAGGGAGCUGGCGAUCACAUCCAAAGCCAUUCGUGAAGCCGCUGGAAGUGCCGCACAAUAUCAGACAAUGGUUCAGAACAUAACAGAAGUCGAGGGCUUGCGCGACAAGAUGGUCGCGCUGGUCAAGCAAUUGGAGGCUAUCACUAAACAUUAUACUACCGGGAUCCCCUCGCAAGACGGGGACGGGUCCAUUCCAAACGUCGAAGACGCCUCUUGCCUCAACCCUACUCGUCACGGUGCAUUCCUCGCUUUAUUACCCGCUACUCUCAAAGAACACGAUAUUGCCGACCAAGAGGCCAGCCGAUCUAAAGCACAAUGUAAAACGCAUUUACUCAAAGUUGGCGCAGCCGGUAUCGAUCCAGAUCUCAAGUCCGGAGUCUUGGAUGCCAUGGAACGCCUCGAGAAACAGCAAGAGAUCACACAGGUUGCUCGAAAAAACGUCCAUGACCGUAUCGAGACCAUGCGGGAAGCUCGAGCCAUCAAGGCCGCUGUUGAUGUGGUACAAGAGACGACCAUCGGCCUGCGUCGGCAGAUUAUCCGGUCUCUGCAACACCAGAGGUGGAAGCCUCAGCGCGUUCAGGACGGGAGACCAAUGACUCCCGAGAGUCCUCCACCCAUUACGGCUCAACCCUUGCUUACACCUUCCGACGCGUACCUGCAGGCCGAUGAACUGACCGUCCAGACCUCGUCGACGGUCGAAAAGCCUUUACUGGCUCUUGCUCCGUCCCUUGGCCCUAGCUUGUCAUCCGCUCUCGAAGACAUGCAGCGAUCGCUGACUCAUCGGAUUCGAGAAGUGCGACGACUGACCGCGCUAUGGGAAAGUAUCAAGCGACAGACAGCGGCGAUGGAUGCCGUACGAAGGGAGGCGCACAAUCUCGAGGCGGACCUAGCCGAUCUACUCUAUCAAUACGAUACGGUCCUCGACCAGUCGACAGACGGUUAUAGUGAACAUAGCGAGAUAGUCGCUCGCGAAGCGUCGUUGAAGACCUUGCAAGAUUCGACCAACGAGCGAGCUCAGCAGUUUGUCGGGACUUUGUCGACCCGUGUACCCUUUAUUGCCAACUCGGCACACUCGGAGGCCUUUAGCCUGUCUUCUACAAACGACGACCACGAUGCCCCUGGUCGGCUUCCGUUUGCUCUUAUCAGCUUGGACGAUUCGGUCCGUGCGGAUGCCAACGCGUACGCGGUUUCGAUCUCUGGUAGCUUGGCCCAACUUUCGAAGAAGAGCAAUUUCUUGAAGAUUGCAUUGCUUGCGCAGGGCUUCGAGACGGCAAAGAAGCCUGUUGUGGACGAGCUGGCGGAGACGUCUCAAGUAGUAGCCAGCAUUCAGAGCGCCCUCGAUCAACUAGAAGGGUCUGAGCACGAGCAGCCCAUCCUUAAUACACUCUCAAUUCGCCAUGCGCUUGCCAAGAUGACUACUGCGCCCGGCGCGAACGAUCCGUUUGUCCAAGAGCGAUACUUGAAUAGUCGGUCCCGGGAAGUCGAGAAGCUGGCUGCUAUGAUCGAAUCGUCUACUCGGGACCUCUCUGCGCUGGCCAACCGAGUCAUGUCGAUGAAGUUGCUCGAGACUCGGCGUAUUGAAGCGGAAGAAGCCAAAGCACUCGCUGACUUGCGGGCCAAAGAAGAAGCGGAAGAACGUGCUCGAUUGGAGGCCGAGAUUGCUCGAUUCGAGGAAGAGGAACGGAAGAGGAAAGAACAAGAGGAGAUUCAACGGGCUGAGGCUGAAAAGGCACGAUUGGAUGCCGAAGAGGCAGCAAGACGAGCGGAGGAAGCUAGACAACUUGAAAAGGAGGCCGAGCAAGCCAGGUUGAAAGCAGAAAGGGAGGCCGAGUUGCUCGAACAACAACGGUUACGGGACGAGGAACGCGCAAAAGUCGAAGCUGAGAAACAACGGCUAGAAGCUGAGGCGCAGGCCCAUCGUGAGGCAGAGGCCGCCGCCCGACGCGAACUCGAAGAGAACCGCAGGCGCGAGCAAGAGACGUUGUCCAAGAUCGCUGCUGAGCGCGAAGCGCAUGAACUGAACAACGCAAGCGCCGCGAUACGGAGACAGAGCGACUGGCCGAGGAAGCCAAGCUUCGUGCUGAAGAAAGACCGGGAGACAAGAAAGUCGAUGGAUGCUAAUGGAGCGGAUGAGUUUGGCCCAGCCUCGGCGUUGGUAGUCGUCUCACCGGAAGGAGCGAUGGAAGACUCAGCAGUAUUCGGGACCAACGCUCCUCAUGCCCUUGAUCAGGUCCGAACUUCGAGACAUCGGAUUAAUGCGUUGGCUAGACCAUCAAUCAACGCUCCAUUCCCGGCCAAAACUGAUGUCGACAAGAUGCGUGUUCGCUUCCUCCGACUCCAGAAGGAAAGGAGCAAAUUACCGGAUGGGUCUCCGGACCCAUUGCUCAAUGCCGAGUUGACUUCACUCAAAUUCGAAGUUGACAACUCUGUCAUCCUUAUGGCGCACCUUACUCGACUGACUGAGUUUGUCAAACGUUUGGCUGUCUGCGAUGGUGCCCUCAGCGAGCUUCUGAACCACGUCGAUUCCUACCCCGCGCUCCCGGCCAUGGAGGAUCUCGUACACCACUUUUCCGAUCCCAAGGAUACUCCCCAGGCUCAAAUGACCGCUCGACUGAAAUUCACUGAAGAUGUUAUCGGUAGACUCAAGUCGUGUGCUGAGAGCUUGUCCGAAGAUAAACGUGUCGUCGAAGAGUCCAAGCGCAUCCAUCAAACGUGGGAAGAACUACACGAUAUGGCUAACGAUUGCCUGCUCGAGAUGCCAUCCCGACCUUCCACUUCCACAAGCAUCAACUCCAUGUCCGUUUCAAGCGUCAAGAGGCGAUCUCUAGUUCCUAGUUCUAGCGGUCCAUCUCCUCUUGAUCUAUCCACGAGGCGAGGACCUUCAACGCCUAGGAUGAAUCCAAGCGCCUCCUCUAGCCGUGCACCAUCGGUAUCUUCCAGUGUCCGCCGGCCCUCAAGCCGGAUUUCGACCCGCUCCGUAUCCGGUCCGAUGACCAUGUCCACGCCCAAAGCACCCAGUAGCAGGCCAAUAUCAACACCUGGCACUGGAGGUCUGCGGGUACGAGAACGGACCACGAGCACAUCCAGUAAUGUGUCUACCGGCAUCUUUGGCCCAUCAUCUCGGCUACUUGCUUCUACAUUCUCAUCUCGUCAACGGGCCAACAGGUUAGGCGCCAGUCUCUCUACUCCUCCCCCAAUGCGUCCGCUAUCCCGUGGUCCCUCUUCUUCCCCACCUUCCUACCAGGCACCUAUACAAGGAGGUAGCUGGAGUAAAGCCCGCCGCCCAUCAUAUGGGGGUACAUUGCCCCGGAAUUUCAAGUCGCCCCCUGAGACGCCCGCCCCCAAACCCAGAAGAAAAUACGUUCCUAACCCUACCAAUAAGCUCGACGUUGCGGUUGGAGCUGUGGUUAACCAACUUCCUGUUGACAUCGGUAUUGAAGCAUCAGAGGAUAACUGGAAAGACAAAAGUGGCAAGUACUGGAUCGGAGAUGAUGAUCCCAAGCUGUGCUAUUGUCGCAUCCUCCGAUCAGAGACUGUCAUGGUACGAGUCGGCGGAGGUUGGGUCGAGCUGUCCAAGUUUAUCAAGGAUCAUUUUGCGGAUUUGUUCCGUCUCCUGCCAGCAACAGUAACCUCCCCUCCACAAGCUCUCCAGGAAAACGGACCUAAAUGGAUAUCUUCUGGUACCUUACUUGAAGAUUCAGACCAGACUCCCACCAGGCGACCUCGAUCAGCUAUGGCUAAACCAGGAACACCCGAACCAAAGAGAGCGCCAUCUCGUGCAUCUCCCUCUCCAGGAAUCGGCGCUCCUACCUUUAAGACCCCACCGGGUAUGGGCCCGAAUACAGGAACGGGAUCAAGCAAUUCUUCGCCUCUGACACCGAUUCAGUUCAUGCGCCGGGUGGAGGAUCAAGGUCCUCGGGCACGACCAACCUCACCACUGAGUCGGACUACAGUUCGUGGGCGCGGCGGUCAGCAAACACUUGGGCCAUCAAGGCCAUUGGCAUGGCGGUGA